AUGGGAAAUCCAAAGGAUAUCCAUCCGGUUAACCCUAACACAGGUUGGAACUAAUACAAGGACGGUCUAAAGAUCGGAACUUCAAAAGAUGAUAGGAAAUAGUCUUGUGAUAUCCUUUCAUAGAAAGUGUAAGAUUUUAUGCUUGAACCGUCUUUUUUAAGCGGAGGACUGCGAACUUUGAAUCUUUGUGAUGCGUCUUAUAGUUCCCGCUGCUAUUGUGGCCAUGGGAAAUCACACUGCCGUUAAGGGUGGAGCUAUUGUGCUUUGUUGCAAACUAACCACCAACUGUCUUAUGGGCUCAUGUAAAAUCAGGCGGAACAUGGAACCAGAAAAAAUGGAGUAUUGGAGAUAUCCAGGUAGAGAAACUUGGAGAAUACAGGUGUAA